AUGACGACUCAAACUAAUAGGGAGAUUGUGGUCCCCAUUAACCCAAAUGCGGGUACAACGACAACUAGAGUGAGGGACUUCACCAGAAUGAAUCCUCCAGAGUUUCAUGGUUCAAAGGUUGAGAAAGAUCCACAAAAGUUCACUAAUGAACUGUAUAAAGUGUUGAUGAUCAUGGGAGUGACUCCGGUGGAAAAGGCAGAAUUUGCUGCCUAUCAACUUAAAGGUGUUUCUCAAGUUUGGUUCAACCAAUUGAAAGAAGAGAGGGGGUUGAUGCGGGUCCUUUUAAUUGGGAAAAGUUUAAGGUUUUCCGGUCAAUGUUCCUCAAAUUCUCGUCCUAGAUUCAACAAAGAUAUGGUAUCUAACCCUAAACCUCAAGGAGAAAAUGGUGGUGGAUUUUCAUUGUCUACUUGUGCUAAAUGUGGAAAGAAGCAUGAGGGUAAAUGCUUAGCUGAUACAGAUGGUUGCUUUGGUUGUGGUAAGUGUUGCCACAAGAUAAGGGAUUUUCCAUCACUUAUGGCUAAGGGAAGAGAAGGUAGGCAAGCUCUGCCUAGUUGUUCGGGUUCAAGUUCUCCAAAACAAAACAAAUUCUAUGCACUCUAG